GAUCGCUGCACUUCGAUCAAAGUGCUACGCAUAUGACAUGGAAGGCAGCGAACUAAUCAAAUCUAAGGGGAUCCGCGGGCACGUCGUCCGGAACCAUCUGUCUUUGGACGAUUACAAACGAUGUUUGUUCGAAGACGAUGGCGAUGGCGACGAUGUGUCAAAACGAGCAUUGGCUGGAGAGAAUGCCCGUGUGGUCAUCGGAGCUGUACGCGAUGGUGAGACUCUACCGACAUUAUCGCUGCCAUACACUCCGUACCGACAGAACGUGUCAAUCCGUUCGUUCGAGCACGAAGUACGCACUUUACGUACAACCAAAUUGGCGCUUAACCGUUUCGACGAUAAGCGCUAUACGCUCGGAAACAGAAUUGACACGUUGGCUCACGGGCAUUAUGCUAUACCACCACCACCACCACCACAGGGAGGUUAAUACAAAUAUAGUAGUAUUUAAGUGAUUCUCGUUGGAAAAAAAAUAUUGUUAAAAUUAAAUAUUGAAAUCAUAAUUUGUAAAAAUAUGUGUACUAGUAUAAAUAGUUUUAAGU